AUGCAAAACCGCAAUCGUAUUUUUUAUUCGAUAAGUGAAAACUUCAAAGAUUCAUCACAGCAACACACAAAUCCCAUACUUGCCUAUCUCAAGUGGCAUUUGUUGUUGCUGAAGUACAUCGGUGUGAUACCAUUUUAUACUACGCUCAACAUGCACGAGAUCGGUGCGCCCACUCGCCGUUGGCUGCUCAUUACCAGAGCCAUAGUUUGCAUUAAGGUUCUUUUGAAUCUCCUUCAUGUCUAUGCAAUAUUUUCGGCUUCAAUUCUGCAAAUGCUUUUCUUGAAAAGCAAAACGGAUGGCAUUAACAAUAUUCUCGAUGUGGCCUUUUGUAUGCUCAGCAACAUAACCAUUUCGUGGACGUGUGCUUGCAAUGCCACACAAAUAAUUGCAAUAAUCAAUCGGCUGCUGAAAGUUGAUGAACUUCUCAAACGAUAUCCAGAUUCACCUGCACAGAAGUCGUACAACAAAAAUUUGUACAACACUUAUUUAAUAUUGGCAUUCAGUUACAUCUUCGUUAUAAUGAUGGCAUACGUGAAGCGUACUGUGGAUGUGUUAUCCUUCUACUUUUGCCUGUACGUAGCCUUUUAUCAGUUGGAAAAUGCCGCCUCCUGCGCUUUUACCAUUUUCAUUUCGUCGCUGAUGCAUCUGCUGGCAGAACGUUUCCAAUACAUCAACCAGAUGUUGAGCCAAUAUGACAGCAAAAUUUUACAUAAAUCCGAAUAUUCUUCUACGAGCAUUAAAUUGGCUAUAAAUUCGAAAGGGGAGGGAAAUAUGCAGAGUGAGGCGAAUUUACGUUUGUUUGCGCAAAAUUCGAAAAUGAUUUAUAGUUUGCAUAAUGACUUGUUGGAUAUAUAUAAAAUGAUUAACAGUUAUGCCGGUCUGGGCUUGCUGGCAUUCCUACUGUACGCCUUCUAUGGAUUGCUGUCCUCCACUUACGGCUGCUUUUUGUACCAUUGGCAAAAUAAAUUUCAUUGGAAGUAUAUUCUAUUUACCGUAUCAUGGAUACCGCUUUAUACAGGAGUUUUGAUAUUGUUGACGAGCAACUGCGAAAUCGCUACAAAAGAGGCAAAUAAAACCGCACAAAUACUGUCACGUAUCUAUGGCAAAGGACAGGAAUAUCAGAGUGUUAUAGACAAGUUUUUGACAAAGAGCAUCAAGCAGGAGGUGCACUUCACUGCUUAUGGAUUUUUUACCAUCGAUAAAACAACGCUGUUCAAGAUUUUUUCAGCUGUCACUACUUAUCUGGUACUUUUGAUUCAAUUCAGGCAGUUGGAGGAAUCGAAGUCGAGCAAUUAA